AUGAAGUUUGAGGAUGGAGACUUCUUAUUUUUCGAAUAUUUUACUAAAGGGUUUUUCGAUGUGAACGCAUUCGGCCCUUCUGGAAUGGAAAAGAUUGAAGAAAAAUAUUCAUCGGAGAAUACUGAUGUGGACAAUGAAGUCAAUGAAGUGACCGAUGAAUAUGAGCCCAUCAAUAAUGUUGAAGUUACAGUUGAGCAUCUGCCCAUCGAUAAUGUUGAAAUGACCAAAGAAAUUAAUGAAGCAAGUGAAGAUGAUCAUGUUCAAAACAAUCAAGAAAUUGAGCAGCUAAACAUCGAAAGAACACUACCAACAAGAGAUCAGCAAGAUUCAGAGAGACUCCCGAGAGAUCGGAUUGAACAACGCUACGGAAUAGACAUUUUCAGGGCUGGUCUAGCUUCACAACCUCGAAACCCAUACUUUGUCACCGGAGUAAUGGAUAAACGAAAGGGCAAUUUGUUUGUUCCCAGGGAUGUAGUGCAAGAUAAUAAUAUAGAUUUUUCAAAGAAGGCUCAGUUCAUAGAUUCCACCGGAAGGAGACUCAUGGCAAGAUGUAAAGAAUGGAAAGACGGACGGAUAUCAAUAUCUGGAGGAUGGAGAAAAGUAUGCACCUUCAACAAUAUAGAUAAAGAUGAUAGAUGCAUUUGUGAGCUCGUGGAGGGAGAAGACGAACUAGCCAUUCAUGUUAUUGUUGUUCGUGCCAAUCAGAUUCGAGGCUAA